AUGGACGCGGACGAGGCCAUCGAGAGGGCGCUCGCGCUCGCAACCACCCUCGGCGGCGACGGCGGUGGCGACGACGUCGACAUGCGCCUGGUGGGACAGCUACUGGCGGACUGUAAAGACGCGCGAACGGAGGCGGCAUCGGAGGCGGCUUGGUCGUUGUAUCAGGCGGCGGUCGUCGCGGGCACGGCGGCCGAGUUCAACAUCCGGCAGUACAACUUUGCGCUCGGCGCGGUGCAGCGCGGCGCCGCGGGGGAGGAACGCGUGAGGGCCGUCUGGGACGCCCUCGUGACCGCUGCGGUGCCGCCUAACGCGGUCACGCUGUCACAGCUGGCGCACGGGCUGUGUAAGGGCGCGAAGGAUGUCCCGUCCACGCUCGCCGCGCUCAGGGAGUGCGCCAGCAGGGGCGCCGCGGUUGACGCGUACGUGCUCAACAUCCUGCUCAACGCGUGCCUUCGGGAGGCGGCCGCGGCGGGUCCCGACGCGAGUUCGGACGUCAAGGCCGUCGUGCGGGAGUCGGCGCUCGCGGUGUGGGAGGCUGGCAAGGGCAUUCACAACGAGCGCACGUUGACGAGCACGAUCAAGGUGUUGGCUGACGCAGGCGACGUGGACGCGGCGGUGCGCACGUUUCGGGCGGCGUGGGAGGAUAAGACGCCCCUGGACGUCGACGCGCUGGCCACCGCGCUGAGGAUCUUUGCCGUCAAGGAACCCGCGGCGGUACUGAUCGGGGUGAUGAACAUGGCGCAGGAGCAGAGGGGUCUCGAGCCCAACACCAUGUGCGCCAACAUCGUGCUCGCGGCGUGCUCCAAGGAUGGUGAGUUUAGCACGGCGCUCACGCUCUGGCGGCACAUGCUCGAACGAAGGACGCCACCGCCGGAUAAGGCGAGCCUCGCCUCUGUCAUCCUGGCGUGUGGGCGCGCGGGGCGGGUGGACCUCGCGCUCGAUGCGUUCGCGGAAGGGAAGGAGAAGGGCGUGGAGUGCGACACGGUGACGGUGAACGUUCUGCUCGAGGCGUGUGCAAAGUCCGACGCUCCACCCGGCGAGGCGCUCGGCAUCCUCAUGGACGCCAUAGAGUCCCGCAUACCGGUCGACGCGCUGACCAUCUCAUCGCUGCUCACGGCGUAUUACUCCUCGCAGACCCCGACGAGCCUGGCCAACACCCCCGGCGCGCUCGAUCAGGCCUUCGCCAUCGUCGAGCUCGGCCGUUUCAUGUCGGUUGAACCCACGCCGCGGGUCACAAACGCGCUGCUUCGCGUUUGCGUCGCCGCGGGUGAUUUACCGAGGGCGUCGAGGACGUUCGAGGAGACGGUCGCGACACAGAGGGACGGUCAACUUCCCGCGGUGGACGAACGAUCCAUCAGGGUUCUCGUGGACGGCUACGCGGCGGCUGGGGACCUGGCCGGCGCGGCGGGAGUGCUCCGCGAUGCGGAGUGUUUGGGCGUCAAGUUUGGGGACGGGACGGCGGCUGCGCUGAUACGCGCGUCCAUCGACGCCGGGGACGUGGAGAGCGCGACGAGGGCGUACGAAUCGUGCGUGAAUCACCACGGGGUCGGGCCGACCACCAGGAUGGUCAACGCGCUGCUCGUCGGGCUGGCCAGGUCCGGUAGUUGGCGCGAGGCAAUCCGGCUGGUAAGCGAUGACGUCAUCGGGUCGGAGACUUGCGAGGCUGACGACGAGACGGUGCGGCUCUUCUCCACCGCAUUCGAGAUUGGAGGGGAGGAAGAGCAGGCGGAGGUUGCGAAACAGAUGGGCAUGUGGCUCACAGGGUCCGACGACGCGCUGAUCGCGCACCUGCUCGAGAGAGACAGCGACGAGGAGAGUUGA